AUGGCGAUCCCCUUCGGAAACACUUCCGCCAUGCUUCUGAAUGACAGCUGCUUUUCAGCGGCCAGUGCCUCCGCAAGCAUCAUCACUGCCGUCCUUAUCCUGGUGUCCUUUCUGGUGGGGAUAAUUAUGAAUGGUUCGUUCCUCUGGGUGCUGGGGAUGAAGAUGAAGAGGACAGUGAAUACCCUUUGGUUUAUCCACUUGAUUCUCUCCUACUUACUCACCUGCUUUCUCAUGCCCUUCUUUGCCGUUUAUAUCAUCCUUGAUUUCCACUGGGCCCUUGGAGAGAUCAUGUGCAAGAUUGUACUUUCCUCCUUUUCUGUGAUGAGGUUCACCACUGUCUUUCUGCUCACUGUUAUCAGCCUGGACCGGUACCUCUUCACCUGCCAUUCUGUCUGGUCGCAGAGGUUCCGCACGGCAGCCCUGGCACGGAGGCUGAUCACGGGAGUGUGGCUGGCUUCCCUCCUCCUGAGUGCCUAUAGCCUUCUCUCCCUGAAGACUGAACGAGUCAAUGGCCAGAUGAAGUGUGGCUAUAGUUUUGUUUUCUCCAAGAACACGCCCAUGCACCUGGCUUUCUUCUUGGUCCAGUUCCUGCUGGCCUUCCUCCUUCCCUUCAUCAUCAUCCUGGGCUGCUAUUGCUGGAUUAGUUGUGAAAUGAAGACGAAAAGGCUUGUGAGGACUGGGAAACCUUUCAGAGUCUUGGUGGCUGCCGUGGCAUCGUUCUUCAUCUGCUGGCUUCCCUUUCAUCUCUACCACGCUGCACUGCUGGCUAGUCACAUACCAGAACAAAUAACAUGCAUCCUGUGGGAUCUCGCAGCUGCAGGAGUCUGCUUCAAUGUCUGUGGCACCCCCAUAAUUUAUCUUUUCGUUGGGGAGAAAUUCCAGCAGGUCUUCAAAACAUCCAUGCUCACCCUGCUAAACAAAGGCUUUGUGGAUGUUCCCAGCAGUCCUGGGGACAAUGCAAACACAACGGAAGAUGGUGGCUCUGGCAAACAUACUCAGCUGAAGGUGAGGCAGGGCUUUUCUAAAUAA